GAGAAAGCAAAAGCUAAAGAGGUUACUUAGCAGAGGCAACAAGAAAAAGCAGAGAGGAAUUAAUCAACAUGAUUAAGUUGAGGUCAAAGAGGUUUUGCAGAAGCUUUUGCAGUUGUAAGCUCAUUAGCAGUAAUAAUAACAAGAUUAAAGCUGCUGCUUCUGCUGAUCAAAGUAAGGAGUUUGGAGGAGCCAUUAAUAACAAUGGUCAAAUCAAAUGGGAGCUUCGACCAGGAGGCAUGCUUGUUCAAAGGAGAGAGACUGCGGCUGAAAGGAGUGCUGGAGAGGGCUUGAUCACAGUUAGAGUCUCAGCUGUGUCUCAUUGCCAUGACAUCUCCAUUGAAGCCACUUCAACAUUUGGCGAAUUAAAGAUGAUAUUGUCAUUGGUGACUGGCAUGGAGGCAAGAGAGCAGAGGCUGCUUUACAAAGGGAAACAGAGAGAGGAUGGUGAAUAUCUACACAUGGUGGGUGUUAGAGACAAGGACAAAGUGCUUUUGCUCCAAGAUCCAGCAAUCAAGGCAAUGAAGCUUCAUGGAAUCGGAACUUCUACGACGUGUCGUACGAUUAGUGUAUGAAUGAUUAAGAAUCUUAAUCAUCACACUUGCUGAUCUUUAAUUAAUCUAUGUUCAUUAAUUACUAACCAGUAAAAAUUCAAAAAGUUUGUAAGUUUGGCUCAAAUUAAUAUGCCUUCCUCUCAUGACCUUGGCUAGCUAGACAUAUAUUAUAUUAAAAAUGUUAGAUAAUAGCUAGGGGACUUCUUGGUGUGUCCUUUUAAGCGUUGUAAUGGCUGAUGGAAUGUAGUUUAGUUUGCCCUACAUCAACUGUGUUUAUAAAAAUUAGGGUUGAUUUCA